GCGUUGGGUUGUCAUUUGCUUACUGUGUGUAAACCAAAGACAUUUUUCAGAACAAACAAGCGGAAAGCUGAAGAGAACUGUUUCCUCUAUGUAUUUCAAAGGAGCACUGAAGACACUGACGUUUUUCUGCAUUAAAAUGCAUGAAUGCACCCAAGUGGAUUAUUUUGUCUUGUUGCGAUUUGAGUACUUAAGAGUUUGACAGGAUUAUUGACAUUGCAAAUAUGUCUGUUCCGAAUAUAGACUUUUCUGAUGUAGAAAGUUUUCUCGAUAAUCACCCAGAGUUAUUCGAAGACUACCUGAAUAGGAAGGGCAAAUAUAGCAUGGUUGAGAAAUGGCUAAAAAAUCAUCAGGUGAAUAAAACACCAGUAAAUCCGACCACUGACGUUGACAAAACGGGAAGUACUGGUAGCAGUACCGGUGGUAGUACUAGUACUAGCAGCAAGGGCUGUUGGAUCCACAGGGGCGAUGGUCUACAAAGAAGACCCUCACAAAAGGAACUGAGGAAAACUUUUGCGAGGUCCAAAGCCGUGCAUGCUAACAGGACAUACGACGAAAAUUCGAGGGCACAGGAGCCCCUGACAAGCAUGAGAAGAAGAGCUCUCCUGCGGAAAGCCAGCUCCUUGCCCCCAACUACAGCUCACAUCUUGAGCGCUCUUCUGGAAUCUCGAGUCAACAUACCCCAAUAUCCUUCCACAGCGAUUGAUUUCAAAUACUAUCUCAAGCACAAUAACGAAAGGGAGUUCUUUCUUGAACUGGUGAAAGACAUUUCCAACGAUUUGGAUUUAACUAGUCUUAGCUACAAAAUCCUCGUUUUUGUCUGCAUCAUGGUAGAUGCCGACCGUUGCUCCUUGUUUCUGGUGGAAGGCCCGGCCAGUAAGAGAACUCUGGUGUCUAAAUUCUUUGAUGUGCACGCGGGGGCCACAGUGCUGCCUUCUUCCAGUACGGAUAACUCAGAUGAAGUUCAGGUGCCGUGGGGAAAAGGAAUAAUUGGAUAUGUUGCUGAGCAUGGGGAGACUGUUAAUAUACCAGAUGCUUACCAGGACCGUCGCUUCAGUAACGAAAUUGAUAAGCUAACGGGAUACAAGACCAAGUCCCUGCUGUGCAUGCCUAUUGGAAACAGUGAUGGGGAGAUCAUUGGAGUUGCUCAGGCCAUUAAUAAAAAUCCAAGGGGUGCCCUGUUCACAGAGGAUGAUGAAAAGGUGCUAGAGAUGUAUCUUCCUUUCUGUGGGAUUGCCAUAUCCAAUGCCCAGCUUUUUGCAGCCUCCAGGAAAGAAUAUGACAGAAGCAGAGCCUUGCUUGAAGUUGUCAAUGACUUAUUUGAAGAGCAGACAGAUUUGGAGAAAAUUGUCCGGAAGAUCAUGCACCGCGCGCAGACAUUGCUGAAAUGUGAACGGUGUUCUGUGCAACUCCUUGAAGAUAUCGAGUCACCAGUGGUGAAGUUUACCAAAUCCUUUGAGCUUCUGUCUCCGAAAUGCAGUGCUGACGCUGACAACAGUUUCAAAGACAGCUUGGAGAAGUCUUCCUACUCGGACUGGCUGAUCAACAACAGCAUAGCUGAGCUUGUCGCUUCCACCGGUCUUCCAGUUAACAUCAGUGAUGCAUAUCAGGACCCUCGCUUUGAUGCAGAAGCUGAUCAGUUCUCUGGCUUUCAUAUACGCUCUGUCCUUUGUGUGCCUAUUUGGAACAGUAACCAUCAAAUAAUUGGAGUGGCUCAAGUUUUAAACAGACUUGAUGGGAAACCUUUUGAUGAUGCUGAUCAGCGGCUCUUUGAGGCAUUCGUUAUCUUCUGUGGCCUUGGCAUCAACAACACAAUAAUGUACGAUCAAGUGAAGAAAUCCUGGGCAAAACAGUCGGUAGCAUUGGAUGUCCUGUCCUACCAUGCCACUUGCUCAAAGACUGAAGUUGAUAAAUUUAAGGCAGCAAACAUCCCACUCGUUUGUGAACUUGGCAUCGAUAAAUUAUCUUUUGAUGACUUUUCUCUGGAUGUCGACGCCAUGAUCACUGCUGCCCUCCGCAUGUUUAUGGAGCUGGGCAUGGUGCAGAAAUUCAAAAUCGAUUACGAGACGCUGUGUAGGUGGUUGUUGACAGUCAGGAAGAAUUACCGAAUGGUGUUGUACCACAACUGGCGGCAUGCGUUCAAUGUUUGUCAGUGCAUGUUUUCAAUGUUAACAACGGCAGGUUUUCAGCAGACUCUUACAGAGGUUGAAAUGUUAGCACUGAUUGUAGGCUGCUUGUGCCAUGACCUGGACCACCGGGGAACAAAUAAUGCAUUUCAAGCAAAGUCAGGUUCAGCUUUGUCUCAGUUGUACGGUACGUCAGCUACUCUGGAGCAUCACCAUUUUAAUCAUGCCGUCAUGAUUCUUCAAAGUGAGGGCCACAACAUUUUUGCCAACCUAUCCUCCAGGGAGUAUAGUGACCUUAUGCAGCUUCUGAAACAGUCAAUACUGGCAACUGAUCUUACCCUCUACUUUGAGAAGAGAAGUGAAUUUUUUGAACUGGUUGAUAAAGGAGAAUAUAACUGGAACUUUAAGAAUCAUCGAGAAAUGUUGAGGUCUAUGCUGAUGACUGCCUGUGACCUGGGAGCCGUGACAAAACCUUGGGAGAUAUCAAGGAAGGUGGCUGAGCUUGUAACCAGUGAAUUCUUCGAACAAGGAGACAGAGAAAGAUCAGAACUGAAACUCACUCCAUCGGCCAUUUUUGAUCGGAACAGGAAAGAUGAACUGCCAGGCCUCCAGCUAGAGUGGAUUGAUGGAAUCUGUGCUCCACUCUAUGAGACUUUGGUGAAGGUAAACCCCAAGCUUCAGCCAAUGCUGGACCUCAUCCGAGGAAACAGAGUGAAGUGGGAGGAGCUAAACAGGGAGAGACAACGCAGUCAGCCAAGUAAUACCAGCAGCAGCAGCAGCAGCAGUAGUAGCAGUUCAAGUACAGGUACAAGUACAAGUAGCAGCACAUCCUGCAACCUGUCCCCAAAUAACACAAGCUAGUCCUUGGUGGUUCAUUGAAGGGCUCUUUCCUGCUAUUGGCUUUUUCAAAAGUCAGCCUGAGGGAAACUAAACUCAGCUGUGCUUCCAGAGUAUAGCACUCUGUCUUAGCUUUCGAUGCAGAGGUGGAUUUUGCUUAAGCGCACAGUAUUCACCCGUGGAGAAGACGAAGUGGAGGUUUCUCCUAUGCAGUUACGGUGGUUUGUGUUGCUGUAUGGAUCGCUGCACACCAUUAAUAUGCACAAUCAGGUUUUUGUUUUGUUUAGCUUGCAGCUCUGUGCAAAACCGACAGCCCAUCCAGGGCUGUUCAUCGCAAAUCUAAUUAGCCAGCAUCUUAAGGAAGAAAGUGGUUGGACAUUCAGCCCGCUUGUCAUUUAGUGACGCAGUCUUGGUAGAGCUGCAAUUAAAAUAGGAAAACAAGAAAGAAAAUAACCAGUAUCAAAAACAUGUUAUUGUUCCUGUCUGUCAGCCAUUUGUCAGUCUGUAUGCUUUUCCUUAUACUGCUUAAAAUAUCUGUUGCAGGAAUGGUUUUGGAUUAUGUCUAUUUUGUACUGUACAUAUUUAUAUUUUUUAACAAAAGGAAUAUGUUAAGGCCCUCUCAUAACUCUGUUAAGUAAACAGUGUACUUUUGUUGGUUUGUGAAAACAGACAAGGCUAAGGGGCUAUCCUGGGGUUUGUAGCAAUGCAAAUACAAAACACAGUAACCUGUGCCUUGUAGAUAAAGGAUGUAUAAAAAGUGCAUGAAAAUCCUGAGUACUGUCGUUUUAUCAAGCAAAUCUACAUUCCCAAAAUGUAGUUUAUGUUGCAUGUACAGUCUCAGACAAAUGUAUUGGCACCCUGCUCUUAUUAAACCACAGUUCAAGCUAACAGAUUAAGGACAAGCAUUUAUUAAACGCAGUAACAAAACAAAUAGCAAAAUACACAAUUUCUAGUAAUUUACCAAAUAAUCUCAGUCCAAAGCAUUUCUAUUCGAUUGAGAUCUGGUAAUUGUGAAAGGCCAUUCCAGAACCGUCAUCUUAGUUGUCUUCAAGAAUUCUAGUUAACAGCCUUAGGCUUUGGGUUGUUGUCAUGUUGGAAGAUCAACUGUCUGCCAAGCAACCUACAAGCAGAUGUUAUUCUUGUACAGAAUGUUUUGAUAUAUGGGUGUAUUCAUUUUAAUCUUCAGUCACACAAAUCUCUCCAGUCCUGGACCUACCUUCAUGUUUAACUGCAGGUACAAGGUUUUCUUCAUUAAAGGCUUUCCCUUUUUUCUCCAAAGAUACUAUGGUCCAUUUUUGGGGAAUAGUUAAAGUUAGGGUUAUGGUUAGCAUUAGGGUUGAGGUUGAAGAAUGCUUGAUUCCUAUUGAUAUUUCUUGGCAAAUUUUAGCCGGUUUGUUUUAUACUUUUUCUUUAAGUGGUUUGCAGCGAGGUCUACAUGCAUACAACUCUUCUGUGUGCAGGUGUCUUUAUACAGUUCUUUCAUGGACUAUUAUGCCUGAUGAUUCUAAAUCUUUCUUUAAGUCCUUGGCUGUUAAUGUUGCACGAUUGUUCUACCUGCUGUAUCUGGUCGUCUGCUUCUUUCACGUGUUUAAGUUGAAUUUAUUCUGUUGUUCUUGAUUAUUGCUGAUUGUGGAUGUUGCUAUUCAGUUUUUCUUUGAUACCGUUCUGUAGCUGUUAACAUUGUUUUAGUUUGCUACGAGUGCUUUUCUCAAAUGUGAAUCCAGCUUCUUUGUCUUGACCAUCAUCUGCUGUGUUGCCAAAAGUAUGUUCUUCAAAAGAUGUUGGAAAUAAUUGCCUAUUUUUCAGGCUAUUGAUUUUAUAACACAGCUUAAUUACUGUGCAGUGGUUUUCAAAUAUAUUUUUUAAUUAGUUCUGUAACAUUUUCACUGACUGUGAAUGUAAAGGUGCCAAUACUUUUGCCAUGAAGAGAUAUUUGGAAGUGCUUUUAGUUUUCUUUAACGAUUGUGUGUUAAACUGUCAGCAAUGUGUGUAUUUUGGUCUUUUGCUCUUGUCAUGUUAAUUUGUGGCUGAUGUUGACUAAAUGCUUGUAUUUAACAUGUUUUUUUUUUUUAAUUAUUUUAUAUUAAGUAUAGGGAGACAUACCUUUGUCUGCAACUGUACAUACAAAUCUCUUGCGUUACAACAAAUGAGUUAUAUCAGAUUUAACAACAUCUGGAAGUGCCAUUUAAAUCUGGAUA